GGCGAAUAAGGCUGAUGAGUCAGCAUCCCGACGCCCUUGUCGGCAGCUGGGUUUCGGUAUUCGGCACUUGCAGUGCGCAGCAACUUGGCAGCAACUCACUCGGGCUCAUUGCAGCGGGCUGGUGGGCAACCCUCCCUUUCCUCCCGCUACUACCUACUGCGCUCCUUCGUUUCUUGUAUAUUUAUCUGGCCGCCGAGCGAUACCCAUCGACUCCCCAGAAGACGACCCGCGGCCAAGAGACGAAGCGGCCACCCGCCCCGAAACGACAGCGAUGACGAACUCAACUCUCUGCCCGUCCGACAACUUUGCAGUCGUCGAGCAGGAUAGCUUUUGGAGCACCAAUGGGCUCAAUUGGGAUGCCCACCGCAUAGGAUGGAUCAUAGCGGGCUGCUGUGCCUGCGUCUCUGUUCUGCUUACCCUUUACAAUGUAUUGCAACACGCACGACAUUACACCAACCCAGGAGAACAAAGACAAAUCAUACGAGUACUGUACAUGCCUGCCGUAUACGCGGUCAUCUCAUUCUUCUCCUAUCGCUUUUUCCGAAGCUACACCUACUAUUCAUUCAUCGAAUCUGCAUAUGAGUCAGUCACCCUCAGUGCAUUCCUCCUCCUAUUGAUCGAGUUUGUUGCUGCGACGGCAUCCGGGCACAAUGUUGACAACGCCAUCGCUCGUAAGGACAAGAACAAGCUACCCUUCCCGUUCUGCAUAUGGAGAUACAGGCCAACAAAGGCUUACUUCAUGUAUACGCUGAAGUGGUCCGUCCUGCAAUACGUGAUCAUCCGGCCAGCGAUUUCCAUCGCAGGCAUUAUCUGCCAGGCCUACGGCGUCCUCUGCGAGUCCGGACCCUGGAGCUUCAAAACAGCGAACUCGUACUUGGAAGUCAUCGACGCUGUCAGUAUAACGAUCGCGCUGUACGGACUCAUCGUCUUCUAUGCGCUUACCAAGGACGAGCUGAAGGGCCGACGACCGCUGGCGAAGUUCCUGUCUAUCAAGUUGAUCGUCAUGUUCACUUUCUACCAGGGCUUGGUUUUCGAAGCGUUAGAGGGACGCGUAAUCCAUGCUACUCAGUACUGGACCGAGACGAACAUCGCCAACGGUCUGAACGCCCUCGCGACUUGCAUCGAGAUGGUGUUCUUCUCGGCGUUCAUGAUCUGGGCAUUCUCUGCGAGUGAGUACAAGGGGAAUGACGGCACAACGAGUGUCUGGCGCCCGCUCUGGGACAGCAUCAACUACACCGACUUCGUCAUCGAGAUCGCGGGCUCGCUCAAGUUCUUCUUCGACUACAUCUUCCGUAAGCCGUACACGCGCGGACCCCGAGUAACGAUCACGGAGCUCGACGGGAAGACGCGGACGAAGAUGAACCUGGGCGAAGCGUUCGGCGUCGGCUCGUCGCAGUACACGGCAUACUCCCCGAGUGAGUCAGUCACUGAGAUGAAUGCCCGGGUGAGCUCCGACGAAAAUAUCAGGCUUGCGCCGUACACCUACGUGAGCCCCCAUCCGAAUCUACACCCGUCGGGCGAAGGAAUGACCGGGACGAACAUUAGCCCGGCGUCGAGCAGAGGGUCGUUGGACGGGUACCGGGAGCCCAGGUUGGUGGACGAGGCGAAGCAGUACCCACUGCGCUGAGUAGUAGAGGAUGAGAUUCUCACUUGCCUUGCUCGAGCUCCUUCGCUGUAAUGUUUUUUGUUUUGCGUUUGUCGGGUGGACCCUCUACUAUCUUGUCUUGCUCGUACGUCGAUAUAGUGUUUUCCUGCGGACAUCGUCUUCUCUACCUCGGCUGCUGUACCAUGGUUUCGUAAACUAAUGCAUGCGAUGUCGUGAACAGCUC